UUUCCGUUAGGAUCAUCGUCUCAACAAUGAAAAAACGAUUCGGAAAAACAAUACUAUAAAACCAAUUUUACUCACAUCCCAUUCUCAGUAACUUCCCAUACGCCACAGUUAAAGGACAAAAAGAGUGACCUGUGCGUGACAAUAAACUAUAUCAAUUAAAAAAAUAUUUAAAGUGUUAUAUUGGUGUUGUGAUAGACAAAAUGAAGACGAGGAAUAUCGAAGUUGAUAUGCAGCCGGAACUUCAAGAUUUAUUACAGAAAAAUGCAACUUACCCCCUGCUCGGUGAUCGCAGGAAAAGCCUGAAACUAAUCCCAAGUCAGAAGAACAAAGAAAAAUCAGCCGCAGCCGACCCUGAGCCUGCUGAUGUAGUAUCCACGGUUAUCGGUAACUACGGAAAAUGGCAACUGUUAAUGACUUUUCUACUAGCGAUGUUCUCAUUCCCAUGCACUUUCCACAUAUAUUUACCAACAUUUACAGCUAAGUCUACGAAGUUCUGGUGUCGAAUGCCCGACAGUCUGGCUGGUCUGCCCAUAGAUAAAUGGAUUAAUUACAGUCAACCAGUAGACGCAUGUUAUGUUCGUGAAUUACCCGAUGGAAUCACUGUAGAAAGUAUACUAAAUAAUACAGCACCUAUCCUGGAUACGUUUCUCAAAUGCCAACAAUGGGACUACGAUCGGUCAGAAGUUGGCGAAACGAUAAUAUCAGAAUGGAAUCUAGUCUGUGACAAUGCAGGAUUGACAAACCUCGCAGAAGUUGUGUUCCUUAUCGGUGUUGGAAUUGGUGGAGUCGUGGGCGGUUGGAUUUCUGACAAAUUUGGACGAAAACGCAUAUUGAUGGGCAUGAUGAUAUUACAGUGUGUGUUGGCAAUAAUAUCGUUACUGGUUCGUUCUUACAUUCAGUACGUAGCGGUGCGUCUCGUUAUGGGCCUUGUAUCCGUAUCCGUGGUGUACGCAGCAUUCGUAUUGUCCGUUGAGUUGGUGAGCGGCAACUGGGUGACGAUUGCUGGAGUUUGUAACUUCUUCCCGCUGCCACUGGCUUACAUCAUCGUGUCUCUUCUCUCAUUACUGCUACCGAAUUGGAGAGAUUUGCAACUGUCACUAUCGUUACCGGGAUGCUUCCUGUUAUUACUAUGGUUCGUUUUACCCGAAUCACCAAGAUGGUUAAUAGGCAGGGGACGCAUUCAAGAAGCAAAGGAAAUUAUUGUGAAAGCGGCUAAAUUUAACAACCGCACAAUACCAGACGACUUAGACAAAAUGUUACUCUUGAGCAAACCGGAGACCGAAGCCGAGCAACCGAGUCUUUUUAUGCUUUUCAAAGGAGUCCUAUUAAAGCGAACGUUUUGUUUGUUCAUCGCUUGGUUUUCAAUGACCAUAGCGUACUACGGACUUUUGCUGAACAUCGGAAACUUUAACUUGGGCAAUCUACAUGUUACGUCUAUAAUUCUUGCCGUUGUGGAAAUACCAGCAAUCGCUGUAAGCAUUCCGAUAUUGAUGGUUGGGAAGUUCGCCAUCGGCUCUUCAAAUAUGAUGAUGCCGAUAUUUACGGCAGAGCUGUACCCAACUUUAAUAAGAAACCUCGGCGUUGGCGUCAGUCAAGUAGCUGCAGGAUUAGCACUCAUGUGUAUCCCUUAUUUGUGGGAAUUGACCGCGUUGAACAAACAUUUGCCGAUGGUGACGAUAGCGGCCUUGAGUGCUUUAGGCGGCGGGAUUGUGCUGCUGCUGCCAGAAACGACGCGGACCAUAGAAAAUAAAAAACCUGCCUAUGACAACUCUUCUCCUUGCAAUGGGACCUUCACUAUUUGCGACGAAAGAGGAUAUCAAAAUUAAUUCCGAUACGCCAAAAUAACGUAAUAAAUAUUGUAAAUAUUGUACAUAAAUAUUUAAUCACAUUACUACUUAGUAGAUUAGUAAAAUCAUACCGAAUUUGUUUUGAAAUGUUCUAAAAUGUAUGAGAUGUGAAAGAAAUGCGAAUACAAGGCCAAUUAACCCAUUAUAAAAAUUAGUAUCAACAUAGAAAAGCCUAUAUUAGGUAGUAUAAAUUAAUUGGACAUGUUAUAGAUGCAUAAAGAAAACAGCUUGAAAAUGUGUAUAGAUUCAAAACCUCUAAUAUACUUGUAACUAAAAUACGAGCAUAAAUGCGUUGAAAAAUAGAUUUAUAUAGUUAAAGCGGAAAUACAUGAACUGAACCGUGCCAAAAGAAGAUUAGUUAUGUUUUACGACUUGUUUGAAUUGGGAUGAGAUUUAUUAACAAGAGUUUAAUUAAGUUUAGGUAAAUUAAAUGAUAAAUUUAAAAGGAUCAAUUAUAUUUAAGUAUAAUAAUAAAGUGAUA